UGGUUUUACUACGAUGACAAGCAUAUACGUUGGCAAAGGGCGCGCAACUAUUAGUUCUAAACUCUCUUAGCAAGGUCUGGGACUCUGACCACGGAAAUAGGAUCGCUCUCUGACGUAGUCCUCUGCGUGUCAUAAAAUCGCGAUAGAUUCGACGUAAACAUCAUUGUUUGACAACAUGCAGUUCUCACUGGACGUGCUGGUUCUCCUGAGUGUCGUCUCAUCAGUUCUUUCUAUGUCUCCUCUUGCACGCUCAUUGCUACAGCGUGUUUCCAGGAGACAAAGACGAGCAACAGGCACAUCAAAACCUCUCUGUAAACUUUUCGGAUGUGUCAAUGGUGAUUGCACUUUUAAAAAUGACAUGUUCAAUUGUGUGUGUCAUAAAGGGUACAAAGGGAAGCUAUGUAAUGAAAUAGACAUUGUAAAAGAUACGGAGGUAGGGAAGCCAAACAGAUGCAAACAGUUUAAAAACUUCCACUGCAACAACGGCGGAUCCUGUGUGGUUGCUCCCAGUAUGCAUGGCGGGUUAACAGUAAGAUGUGAGUGUCCCCCACAAUGGACAGGGGAUUUUUGUGAUACUCCAUGCAGAAUGGACUGCAAAAAUGGCGGCCAAUGUCACAGUGACAGGAUCACAGGGGAGGAGAUGUGCCUCUGUAUGUGGGGGUACAGUGGGAGAUACUGUCAAAUAGAGAAACAACAGGGACCCACUAUUGCGAUCGUAUGAUAACAUCUGAUAUUCACCUUCUACCAGUGACAAACCUCAGGGGGUCCGAUGACCUCUUUACUUCUUGAAAUCCAUUUGAUUUUUACCUCAGGACUUUAAUAUUGGUUUUCAUGUAUGUAUAUCACUCAUUAAGUUAUUGUGUGUUGCUUAUUUUUGUUUGAUUUCAUUACAAUGUAAUGAGAUUUUGUUAAUAUUUCGUCAUUAAUUACAAAGAGAAUGCUCAGUAGAACACUAGGAGAAUUAGUCUUUUUUAUGUCUGUACGUCUCUGUAACAUUUUUGGAUAACUUCGUCUUACUGUUAUAUAUGUUAAAAAGUUUAUGAUGUAUGGGUAAUAAAAAACUAAAUCUUA